UUUCAUGCAAAAACGCAUUGAUUGAGUAUAUUUUUAACAAAAUUGGAGAGGAGCGGGGUAUUCUAUACCUUUACCAUGAAAUCUUGUCAAAAGAAUCGUGGAGUGACAUGGACCACUCUGGAACUGGAAGGUCUCUUAGAAGACGAGGACUCUCACGUGCACUUUGUGAGGACCACCAAGCACCUUGCAUUACAUCCAUAUCACUUGAACAAUAUUCAACAAAGUCUAAAUCAAAUUCUAAGAUCGUUGUUGAAUACUUAUGACAGAGAACUGAAAGGAUUCGUGCUAGCUUUUAGAAAUCCUAAAUUGCUUAGCAAUCUAGGAGAACUGCUCUAUGAUUCUCCCUUUAUUCAUGUUGACAUUGAAGCAGAUUUCUAUCUAUUCCAUCCAACAGUUGGGUCUUUUUUAAAAGGUAUAGUAAAUAAAAAGGGCUUGGACUAUAUUGUAAUGCUAGUACAUAAAGUAUAUACAGUAUCUAUUCCGAAACCAGACAAUACAGAGCAAUGGCUAGGUGAGUCAGUGGAGAUUGGCCAGGAAAUAAAAUGUUGUGUUACUCAAAUACAUCAUAAGAGUAACCCUCCUUUCAUCUGUGCCAUUUUGAAAUUAGAUUAUUCGCAAGGUUGUAGAUUAUCAGAAAGCAUAACUAAUAUUGAUAAUGUAGAUAGUGCAAUUGAAAAUGCAAAUACUUUUAUGAAGAUUAAUAUUAAUAAAUUAUUGGAAAAUGAUGGUAUUUCUGAGAAAGAGAAAAAACAUCGGAAGAAACACAAGUAUCGUGAAAGCAAUACGGAAAUUGUUUGUAAAAUUGAAAAUGAAUCUGAGUUGAAUGUAAGAAGCAAUACUUCUAAAACUAUUAAAUCUGAAAAGAAACAGCAAAACCAAAGUAUGCAAGAUGAUAACAUGAGGAAUGAUACUUGUAUAACUAUUAAAUCUGAAAAGAAACUGCAAUGUGAAAGUACUUCGUUAAAUAUUGAUGAUUUUUUAAAUAAUUUAGAAGUUAAUAAUACCCCUAAAAAACAUAAGAAACAUAAGAAAACAUCCAAAUCACUGCUUGAUAAUGAAACCAUUAUGGACACACGUGCUGAGUCACGUAAAGCUCUAAAGAGGGAAAACUCUAUUCUAUUAGAUAGUAUUACUGAAAUAAAACAAGAUGAUAACAUGAGGAGUGAUACUUGUAUAACUAUUAAAUCCGAAAAGAAAUUGCAAUGUCCAAGUACUUCGUUAAAUAAUGAUGAUUUUUUGAAUAAUUUAGAAAUUGAUAAUACCCCUAAAAAACAUAAGAAAAAUAAGAAAACAUCCAAAUCACUGCUUGAUAAUGAAACCAUUAUGGACGCACGUGCUGAGUCACGUAAAGUUUUAAAAAGGGAAAACUCCAUUCUAUUAGAUAGUAUUACUGAAAUAAAACAAGAUGAUAACAUGAGGAAUGAUACUUGUAUAACUAUUAAAUCCGAAAAGAAACUGCAAAGUACUUCGUCAAAUAAUGAUGAUUUUUUGAAUAAUUUAGAAGUUGAUAAUACCCCUAAAAAACAUAAGAAAAAAUCCAAAUCACUGCUUGAUAAUGAAACCAUUAUGGACGCACGUUCUGAAUCACGUAAAGCUCUAAAGAGGGUAAACCCCAUUCUAUUAGAUAAUAUUACUGAGAUAAAAAUAAAAAAGGAAAAAGAAACGUGAAGAAAUCUAAAGAGUCUGAUUAUUAUAUUUGUCGAAGUUAGAAUUUAAGUUACCAAUUCUUAUUAAAAAAUUUUAUGAUUGGAAAAUAUUUGUAUU